CCAAAAUUUUAUUCACGUUAAUUUAGUGAUUAAAUAAACAGAUUUAAAUAACGAAAAAAUGGCUAACAAUGAUAUUUCAGGUUCAAAAAAUGAUAUCAUAUUCGAUUCGGAAUUUAUUCAAUUUUAUUUGGAAAUUCGAAAAUCUCAAGGCGAAAAUGUGUUUAUUUUGUUCAAUCAUGGAUCAUACUAUACACUUCAUGACAGCAAUGCUGAAUAUGUUUCGAAAAAUUUCCUGAACACUACUGAAAGUUUGAAGAAUUUUCAAACAAAAAAUCAUCAUACCGUUGUGUACACUUGUAUCAGUCAAACACGUUUUCCAUCAUUAAUUCGUCAUUUGUUGAUUGAAAAUAAUUUUGCUGUUGAAAUCUAUUCGAAGACAAAUCCAAAAUCGAAUAUCAAACAAUGGCGUUUAGAAAUCGAAGCUUCACCUGGUUAUCUGGGCCCUUUUGAAAAUCUUUUGUAUGAAGCUGAUGUCAAUAUUUCCAUUCAAUUAUCGGCUGUCUACAUUCUUGAUGAUGAAAAUGAUGAUCGAAACAACCAUGUUUCCGUCGUUUCUAUUGAUCCUAUCGCAUGUCAGAUUUUUUUAGGACAUUUCCAAGACAAUGAUUGUCUCCGUCAAUUAGAGACUAUUUUAGUUCGUUCAAACCCUAAAGAAUGCUUUAUUCCGAAUGCAGGUAAUUCCACAAAAAAAUUAUCUCAAUUGUUAAAAAGAAAUCGUGUUAUGAUUCGUAAAUAUUCAGUUCAAUAUCAAAGUGAUAAUUAUCAAUUGGCCACAGUAUUAAAAAAUUUAGCUGUACCAGAAUGUCGCGAAAUGGUCGAAAAUUUUCUACAGCAAACUGUCAAUAUCAAUGAAGUAUUGUGUCCACUCAAACCGUUAUUAUUGAAGCAAAAAUUGCUUGUCACUGAAGCUGAAAAUAUAACAUCAGAUGCUUCAUUGAAUUAUCCGUUUGGUUGUUUCUUUAUAAAAUUGCUCAACCCAAAACAAUUUCUACGUUUAGAUUUAUCAUCCAUUCAGCAUUUACAUUUAUUCCCAUCGAAACUUGAUUCAAAAUCGAAACAUUCGCUGUUUCAAAUUUUAAAUCGAUGCAAAACUUAUUGCGGAAUGAAACUUUUGGAGCAAUUUCUCCGACAACCAUCGACCGAUUAUACAACCAUUCAGACUAGACUAGAUAUUGUGGAAUUUUUCUCGGAAAACCCAGCGAUUAUGGAUUCGAUUCGAGAACAGAUUCUUCCUCGGAUACCAGAUAUGACAAAAUUGUAUAAAAAAUUAAACACCGGUCGCUACCAAAUCAAAGAUGUAUUUCAACUUUACUUUGUUCUGGAUUAUCUUCGGCGGCUAAAAACAGUCUUUGACAAUCAUGGUCAACAAUUUCCGUUGGUAGUACAACGAAUGUUAAUUAAUAAACUUUCGAAAUAUUUGGCUCAAACCAAUCGAUUAUACAUGCGUCUGGUUCAAGUUUUAGAUUUGGACAAUUAUGCUCAAUCUGGAGAAUUUAAACUAAAUGUGAAAACAUUUCCUGAAUUGACGGAAGUUAAUUCUUUGAUGCAACAAUUUGCCAAACGUGUUCGUGAAGAGCAUCGAAUGUUACAGAAUAAAUAUGAUGAUGGAAUAUCAUUGGAACAAAACAAAGACAUUGGUUGGUUUUAUGAAAUUAACAAAAAAACUAUUGGAACAAUUGGAGUUAAAUCCGUAGUUUAUCGAACGAUUUCAUCCAAAUCCGAAAAAAGUAUGAAAUUUUUGACCCGAUUAUUGACCGAGAUAAAUGACGAAUUUUCGACUUUGGGAAAACAUUUUGAAAAAUUAAGUCAGAAUUGCAUACGCCUUGUAUUGAAAGAAUGUCAGGAUGAUUUGUAUCGAAUUUCUUCUUUGCAAUCAUACGUUUCUCUUUUGGACAUUUUGACAUCAUUUGCCAAAGUUGCAACCGAUUCUCCAGUGCCUUUCACUAAACCAAAGAUUCUUGCACAAGGAAGCAACGAAAUUGAAUUGAAACAAUUUCGACAUCCUAUUUUAGAGUCGAUUAAUGGUGGUCAAUUCGUACCAAACGAUAUACGAUUUAAUCAAUCUCGCAAAGUUUUCAUAAUAACUGGACCAAACAUGGGUGGUAAAUCAACAUUAUUGCGAUCGGUAGCACUCUCUGUAUUGAUGGCUCAGAUUGGAUGUUUUGUACCUUGUGAAUCUGCUCGUAUUUCUUUGACGGAUGCUAUCUACACACGAAUGAGUUCAAGUGAUGAUCAAUCACUGGGCAUGUCAACUUUCAUGGCUGAAAUGUAUGAAAUCGCAGGCAUUCUAAAAUCAGCUACACAAAAUUCCUUGAUAUUGAUCGAUGAACUAGGACGUUCAACAUCUACCAACGAUGGAUUUGGUUUGGCACAAUCAAUCAUUGAACAUAUUGCUCGUGAGAUCCGUGCUUAUACAUUAUUUGCUACACAUUUCCAUAAUUUAGGAUUAUCAUUAUCAAAAGGUUUAUUACAUCGUCUUCAUAUGCAAUCCAGCUUUAAUGAGUUACAACAAUUAAUUAUUCAUUAUCGUGCAUUGCCUGACGAAGAAUCGCAAUAUAAUUCACAAUCAUUUGGUAUCGAAGUAAUGAAAUCGGUCGGAAUGCCAGAACAUCUCAUUCGAGCAGCACAAGAUCGAUUGGAAAGAAUCUAUGAUUCUACAAUUGAUUCAAGAAUAUUCAAUCAAGUAAUAGAUACAAUUAUUGAUGAUUUUUCAUUAUCUAGUUCUAUCGAAAAAAUUUUUGAUCUUGUUUAAUUAACUGACAUUUAUA